UUUCCAUCCUGUUUUGUAGAGAUGACCUCUGUUCUCCAGCCCCGAGAAUGCAAAGUGACCAAAAAAUCCAAUAAGAGCUAUGGAUUUUUCCUACGUGUGGAGAAGGACACAGCAGGACAUCUCAUCCGGAAUGUGGAAAAGAACAGCCCCGCUGAAAAGGCUGGCUUGAAGGAUGGAGACAGAGUCCUCAGGGUUAAUGGUGUGUUUGUAGACAAGGAGGAACAUACAAAGGUGGUGGAGAUUGUAAAGAACAGUGGGAAUUCUGUUGUAUUUCUUGUUCUGGAUGAAGCAUCUUAUAAAAAGGCUGAAAAGGAAGGAGCGAAUCUGGAAGAGCUGGGUCAAAAGGUAUCAAAAGGAAAGAAGAAGCAGCAGCAGUCCACAUGGCCCAUUGCCAAUGGAGCAAUCACUGCAGUUCCACAACCACGGCUCUACUACUUAGUGAAGGAGGAAAAGGGGUAUGGCUUCUCCCUGAAAACCACAGAAGGUCAGAAGGGGUUGUUCAUAGUAGAUCUGGCAUCACAAGGAGCAGCUGCAAAGGCGGGUGUCCAAAAUAAAGAUCGCCUGAUUGAAAUCAAUGGAAAAAAUGUGGAAAAUGACACACAUGAGGAGGUGGUGGAAAAGGUAUUUGUUUGCGUACUGAUUCAUCUUCUGUUCGGGCCCAUUUUCACAGCAAUUUGUCAGGCUUACUGAAGAGGCAGGUCUGGCUAGUUUGAAUGCUUCACAGCAAAUCUUGGAAGCUACUGUUUAUACUUUACCAACACAGUGGAGUACCCUUCUGCUUUGGCUUUGUUGUCGUAUGGUCUCUUGAACUGACUCUGAAUGAACACUGCCAUCGAAACAGGCCAAAGAAUUCUGAAUAUGAGAAUUAUAGGAGUGCCAGAAACCAUAGUAAAUAAAACAUGCUCUGUUCCUAGAAAUCCUGGAAAUACUCCCAAUAGUAAGAGGGCAAGUAACUGAAAACAACUUUUAGGGAAGGAAGAGGAGUAACUCUCUGAUGAUGCAGACAGCAUGGAACAGGGUGAGUUCAUGAUUUUAGACAGCAGUUCCUUUUUUCUGCUAAGAAGCCCAAGAUUAAUGAAAAUUAAACUGCAAGUAAUUUUGCUGCCUGGCCUCAGCUGCAAAGAACAUUGCUAAUGAGACCUCCAGUUGUCCACUAAGGGCACUGCUAAAACACAGCUGAAGCUGAAGAGAUUUCAGAGGGCUGGUCAUGCUCUGGCAUUCCAGCAACACAAUUGAGUGCAGGUUCCUAGCUACUGAGCUGUGCAACACCUGUGUUUUUUGGGGCUGCAAACCAUCAGCUGCAGUGAUGUUCCUUCAAAUGA